AUGGCAGGAAAGGACUAUGACCCGGAACUGGAAUUCAACUGUGUUGACUGCGUACAGUGCGAUGCCUUCCAGAAGAUGGUUCAAUGUGACCAAUGUGCGUCUUGGCGGCACUUCUCGUGUGCCGGUGUGGAAGAAUCCGUCGCGGAUCAUGAUUUUAUAUGUCGAUCGUGCUCUGCUGGUAACGAUGACCACAGAAGGAGUUUUGAAUCUGAAAGUGAUACUCUGACGAUGUCAGAUUCUUUGAACCGUCUGAUAAAGCAGCAGGAAUUGGAGAUUAAAAAGCUGGAGUUGGACAUGAAAGAACGAUUUCUCAAGCAGAGAGAAGAUUUAUUGGAAACUGUUGUCGCACGGAGCUCAAGAAGCCGAAAACAUUCGGUGAGUGUCCAAGGAGAUCAACAGCGGCUUCGUGAUUGGAUUAGCGACACGAAUCUGAUUGCAGAUGAUGUGGAAAAGGAAGCCCAAUCUUACCCUAGACCAAUGUCGCAAAAUGCGGAUCUACGGAGCAAGCAACGAUUGGUUGACCGUUUGGAACAGUUUGAACAAAACGGAAGUCCCACUGCAAAUGACGUACAGGAUCUUCUAAAUCUCUGUAAGGAAACCUUGCUCUUGACAGAUAGCGGAAAUAAUACAGGAACCAUUCCCAAGCGUAAUACGACAGGGAAGUCAGUCUACGAAGCGACUGAUCCCACUCUGCGUCCGCCGAGUGUAUUGAAGGAUAGGUUCCUACAGUCGACAAACUUGGAAACAGUUCCAAAAUCUAGCCAGUGGAACUCGGCAAACAAUCGAUGGUUGAACGGAGAGCCAAUUGUACCCGCAUCGAGGAAUCAGCAGUUAACCGCUAGACAGUCAUUAGCUCGUGAACUACCGCGAUUUUCCGGUGAUCCGGCAGAUUGGCCGAUGUUUAUCGCUAAUUUUGAGUACACGACAGCAGCCUGUGGUUUCACAGAUGGUGAGAAUAUGGUGCGUCUUCAGAAGUGUUUGAGUGGUAGUGCUCUUGAAACAGUUCGUAGUCAAUUGGUGUAUCCAGCAGCAGUGCCCCGAGUCAUUGAAGAUCUCCGAUUUCGUUUCGGACGGCCAGAAGUCCUGAUCAACUCUCUUUUGAGUCAAGUGCGCUCGCUCCCUGUCAUUAAAUCGAACAAAUUGGAGGGACUGGUUGAAUUUGGACUAGCGGUGAAAGCUUUAUGCGGACAUAUUGAAGCAGCCAACGAAUUCUCUCAUCUUUUCAAUCCACAGUUGCUCCAGGAACUUGUUACAAAGUUGCCUACAGAACAACAGAUGCUGUGGGCAGCACACCGCCGAGAUUUGCAGAACGUAAACCUUAGAACCUUCAGCGAUUAUAUGGCCAUCGUAGUUCGUGAUGCUACCAGUGUUAUUGUGUACGAACCAGAGAUAAAGAAGAUCAGUUCUCGUGAAGUAAUUCGUGAUAAAUUUAAAUCCAGAGCUUUCAUCAAUUCGCAUUCGAUUGACGUCCAAGGUUCCAGUGAAUAUGUAUCAACUUUAAAACAGCUGGACUGUGGAAGCUGUGGAGAGCCAGGUCAUCGCCUUAGAGAAUGCGAAGCCUUCAAGGAUCUUCCUAUUGAUGAGAGGUGGAGAAGAGUGCGAGCAUUGAAUUUGUGCCAGAUUUGUCUGUAUGGACAUGGACGACGACCAUGUCGUAUAACUCAUCGCUGCAAUAUUGACGGAUGUCAAAACAAACAUCACGCCUUGCUACACUCUAAGAAAACUUCAUCGGAUCAUCAGACAACUCAGUCAGCAGAGAAUCACGCUCACCGUCUUGCAAAUAGUUCCACGCUUUUCCGGAUCAUACCAGUUACAGUUUACAGUUCAGAAGGUCUUGUUGAAACGUUCGCGUUUCUCGACGAAGGAUCGGAUCUAACACUGGUUGAAGAGGGGCUCGCAAAGCAGUUAGGAAUAAGUGGAACUCAUCAACCAUUAUGCCUGCAUUGGACAGGGAACACUUCCCGUAUGGAACAGAAUUCCAGGAAAAUUGACAUUGAAAUCUCAGGCUCUAAUCAGCAAAAACGAUUCAAGAUAACAAAUGCACGCACUGUCUCAACUUUGAAUCUUCCACAGCAGAGUUUCGAUGCGGAGGCAGCGACCAACCGCUAUACGCACUUGAUGGGACUACCAUUGGAGAGCUACAGGAACGCCAACCCGACUAUCUUGAUUGGAAUUGACAAUCUACAGCUAGCACUUCCAAUUGAGAUAAAAGAAAGUGAUAAUUCUGGGAUUGUGGCAGUGAAAACACGUUUAGGAUGGUGCGUGUAUGGAAACCGGAGUAGUCAAUCUGGAAAUAGUUACAGUUUUCACGUUUGCAGUUGCACGAAAGAUUUAGCGCUUCACGACAUAGUUAAACAGUUAUUUGCUUGGGAAGAAACGGGUGUCGCGGUUGAACAAGGAUUAUGCAAGGAAGAUCAACGGGCGUUGGAAUUGUUAAAGCUUUUUACACGAAGAGUGGAUGACCGAUUCGAAACCUGUCUAUUGUGGAUGAGUGAUGAUGUGGAACUCCCAGACAGCUUUCCCAUGAGCUUACGACGCCUAGAAUGCCUUGAGCGGAAGAUGAAUCGCAAUCCUGAACUGCGAGCUAAUAUAAACAAACAAAUAGAGCAGUAUGUGUCCAAGGGUUAUGCUCACAAAGCCACCGUCGAAGAACUUCAACGAGCAGACCCACGCCGAGUGUGGUAUCUUCCACUAGGAGCCGUUACGAACCCGAAGAAGCCAGGCAAAGUACGGCUCGUGUGGGAUGCUGCUGCGAAGGUGAAUGGAAUUUCGUUAAACUGUGUUCUACUUAAAGGCCCUGACCAGCUUUCUUCUUUGCCUAGCGUGUUGUUCCAGUUUCGUCUGUUCAAUGUUGCAGUAACAUCAGAUAUUAAGGAAAUGUUCCAUCAAGUACGGAUAAGAGAGGAAGAUAAGAAUUCGCAGCGUUUUCUUUGGAGAUCCGAUCCCUCACAGCAACCUGACGUAUAUUUGAUGGAUGUAGCAACGUUUGGGUCGAAGUGCUCUCCAGCAUCUGCACAGUAUGUGAAGAACAUCAACGCACAACAGCACAGCGAACAGUACCCUAAAGCAGCAAAAGCAGCAGUUUGCCGUCACUAUGUUGAUGACUACCUGCAAAGUUUUGGGAAAGAGGAAGAGGCGAAGGAGGUGGCAACAGAUGUGAGGACAGUGCAUAGUAAAGGGGGAUUUGCAUUACACAACUGGAGAUCUAAUAGUGAAGCCGUUCUUGAACAUCUAGGAGAGCUGCCGAAUGUCACAGACAAGGAACUUGAUCUGACAAGAGACGAUUCGAUGAGAGAGCGAGUUUUGGGAAUGCUCUGGAAUCCCAGGAGUGAUGAGUUGAGUUUUGCAACACAGAUGAGCGAUGAAGUGAAAGAACUAUUAGAAACAGAAAUGCGACCUACUAAAAGGCAAAUUUUACGCUGCGUGAUGACAUUCUUCGAUCCUUUAGGAUUAUUAGCACCAUUUUUGAUACAUGGAAAAUUGUUAAUCCAAGACUUGUGGCGAUCUGGCAUUGGCUGGGAUCAGGUUGUAGACGAUGCCGUACAUCAGCGCUGGAUCAAUUGGACUAAGAUGAUCAACUAUAUAGCAGAUAUCCGUGUACCCCGUUGUUAUUUCCCUGGAGCCGUGGAGGAAACUUAUCUUCAUGCACAACUACAUGCAUUCUCGGACGCAAGUGAUUCAGCGUAUAGUUGUGCCAUCUAUUUACGAACAAUGAGUGAAAAUGGUUCUUGGAAAACGCGAUUAGUCGCAGGCAAAGCGAAAGUAGCACCACUAAAGCCAGUUACAAUUCCAAGACUUGAACUACAAGGUUGUGUUUUGGCGGCUCGUAUGAUGAAAUUUGUCCAGCAAAACCAUGACAUCGAUAUUGAACAACGGUAUUUGUGGACUGAUUCCAGCACGGCGCUUUCCUGGAUAAAGGCAGAUCCACAUAACUAUCGUCCAUAUGUAGCUCACAGAGUUGGCGAAAUUCAGGAUUUAUCCAGAGGUGAUGAGUGGAGAUGGGUUCCCACGAAAAUGAAUCCUGCAGAUGAAGCAACGAAGUGGGGCAGCGGACCAUAUUUCAAGAACGACAGUAGCUGGUUUGAUGGACCUAAUUUCCUGAAGUCCUCCGAAGACCAUUGGCCUAGAUGCCGAGACUCCCCUAUAAGCACUGAUGAAGAAAAAAAAGCAACGGUAUUGAUCCACCUUCACCGUGAGCCAAUUAUUGGUUAUCAUCGAUUUUCUCGCUGGGAACGACUGCACAGAGCUGUAGCAUAUGCUCUUAGAUUAAAAAAUAUCAUCUCCAAGAAGCAUCGCGCAGAGUCAGAUGUUUUGGAGCAACAUGAGUUGUUGGUAGCGGAACGAGCAAUCAUGAUGGAAGUCCAGUGGGAAAGUUUUCCGGAAGAAAUGGGUUUGUUGACAAAUACCAAGAGCCAUGACGAAAGUUCAACGAUGCAGCAGGCGUGA